AGGGAUUCAGGCGCUGGGACGAGCGAGCUGUAAGCGGGUGCCACGGCAUGGUUAGUCGAGGCCAGAACAUCCGUGUAUGCCUGUGAGUUAGUUGAGGCUUCGUAGCAAGUGUUUUGGGGUCAAAAUGGCGCUGCUGCGAAUGAGGAAUGCACAAGGCGCGAAUGCCACAGAGAUAGAGAAGAAAAUUAAAAGAGGUAAUGCGCUGCGGCAGGGAUCGGCGUGGAGGGGCCCCCGAGGGCUCGUGGCGUUGCUGCUGUUCGCCGUGUGCUUGUGUGGAGCGGCCAUCUGGCUGUGCGUGACCUUUCUGGACAGCGACGUCACAGAAACGCUAGUCCGCCAGGGCGAGCUGGUCUCACCCCAGCCCAGAUUCUUCUCGGUCCAGUGCUCGGAGGACUACGACAACCACAAGCGCUACCCAGGGUGCACCCCUCAGAGGUGUGGGCGCGCCGUCACGGACGGCGUGGUGACGAGGGAGGAGGCUCAGGUCCUCAGGAGGCUGGCUGAGAGGGGGCUGUCGCUCGCCGGCUCCGAUGGAGGAGCCUCCAUACUGGACCUUCACUCUGGGGCGCUGUCGAUGGGUAAACAGUUUGUCAACAUCUACAGGUAUUUUGGGGAUCAGAUCAGUGAUGUGUUCACGCAAGAGGAUUUUCAGCUCUACAGAAGCGCACGGGAGCGAAUCCAAGCCGCUAUCGCUGAGACGUUUGGUUUGGACCGGACGCUGAUGUACCUCACCAAGCCCACCUUCUUCUCCAGGAUCAACAGCACGCUGGCAAAGACCCAGCAUGACGAGUACUGGCACCCACACAUAGAUAAGGUGACCUACGGUUCAUUUGACUACACUUCACUCCUGUACCUGUCUGACUACGGGUCCGACUUCACCGGAGGAAGAUUCAUCUUCAUGGAUCCAAAUGCCAACCGGACGGUGGAACCUCGAGCAGGACGAGUCUCUUUCUUCUCCUCCGGCACGGAGAACCUCCACCGCGUGGAGAAGGUGGCGUGGGGGACGCGCUACGCCAUCACCGUGUCCUUCACCUGUGACCCGGCGCACGCCAUCUCGGACCCCGCCAUGCCCUGAGUGCGGCCCGCGGGCGAUGGUGCUGCCUACUGGCGUGGACGAGCCCUGCACAGAGGGCGACCGGGGGGGGGGGGGUGGGGAGGAGUGGGAGAAAGGAGAAAGGAGGGGAAGGAAGAAGUGAGGUUUUACUCGUCACAUUGGGGUCCCGAAGCUGCACGGCCAACAUCUGCAGAUACUGACUCGUGGCCUUUAUCUACAGAAUAGAAGCACAAACACUUUUUUCUUACUUUUCUUAUUUCCUACUUCGUAACAUGUCAUCCAAUUUUCUACAGUGGUUUCUUUUCUUUCUUUUUUUUUUUACAUUUUUCUUUUUUACUGCAACCAUCAUAAUUACUACAAUCAGGCCCUUGAUGUGUCCUUUUGAUCGUAAGGAUGACGACCCCCAGCAGAGAUCGC